AUGCUGCCGCAGCCAAGCAGACGCCUCGCUAGUCCCUCCCCUCCUCUCUUCCAGCCGCUCCUCACGCCGCCACAGCACCGCUGCUCCUUCAGCCUAGUUGAGGAGAGAUUCAUCCAUCCUGGCCUGGAUUGGCUGGUUCCUUCUGCUGGGUUUGCUGCCAUGACAAGUCCACCCAGGGUGAGCAUGGAGAUAACCGAUGAGGUGGUCAAGAGCAUGAAUAUAGGGCUGGUUUUCCAAGGCUAUAAUGGCAGAAUUUGUUCUAUGGAUUUUCACAGCAAGGCUACCAACUAUCUCGUGACAGCUAGUGAUGAUGAAUCAAUCCGUCUAUAUGAUACCCAAGAUGCAGUGUGUUUGAAUACUAUUAAUAGCAAAAAAUAUGGGGUUGAACUUGUGUGCUUCACUGAUAACCCAUCAAUUGUCUUAUAUUCGUCGAACAAUGGCUGGGAUGACUCUCUGUGUCUACUCUCAAUGAAUGAUAACCGGUUUAUUAGAUAUUAUAAAGGUCACGUUGACAGGGUUGUCUGCAUCGCACUUUGCUCUGGAAAAGAAAAUUUUCUCUCUUGUUCACUUGAUCGUACCAUUCUCUUAUGGGAUCAUCGGGCUGAAAAAUCACAGGGCUCACUGCAUGUGCAAAGGCGGCCUACAGUUUCAUAUGAUGACCAGGGCAUGGUAUUUGUGGUCGCCUAUGGUGGUCGCAUAAGGAUGUUUGAUACUCGAAAAUUUGGAAAGGGGCCUUUUGAGACCUUCUCUGUCGGUACUGAUGAUUCAGAACCCCAUGUCAUAAAGUUCAGCAGUGAUGGCAGGCAGAUUCUGUUAACCACUAAAGUUGGGCGUGUUCAUGUGCUAGAUUCAUUUGAAGGCAAUAGCAUUGCAACGUUUCAUGCGAAGCCAAUACUAUCCAAUUCAACACUGGAGGCAUCAUUCUGUCCUGAGGGAAACCAUAUCAUAUCUGGAUCUGGUGAUGGUAGUGUUUACGCUUGGAAUGUUGAGAGCGGAAAGGUUGCAUGCUGGGAAAGCACAGAUACCAAACCGCCGCGGGUAAGGUGGUCUCCAGGAUCCUUGAUGUUCGUGACAGGAACAACAGAACUGUCCUGCUGGGUGCCGGAUCUGUCCAAGCUGGAAUCCUUCACCAUCACCGACACCGACACCGAGUAG